CAUCGUGUCUGACUUGUGCGCAGGUCGACAGCGCAGAGUUGGUGAACAGAGUGGAUCAGAGUCGCUGUUGGGGGAGUAGAGAGCGCGUCGCACAGCUGUCCUGAGGAGAGCAGCGGAGCCUGGAACCGUCUGACCCGAGAAGGUGUUUCGUGUCCUCCGGUUCUGCUCGUAUCAGGAUGCAGCUCUCAGUCGGACUGAGUCUCUGCCUGCUGGGCUUCAUUCUCGUCUCAGUUUGCCCUCAGACAGUGCAUGGCCAAGUUUCAUCACCACGGAGGUUUCGUGCCAAAGUACUGAGCCCCACCAAGCUGCAUGUGUCUUGGAAAGAACCAAAAGGAGAGUUUGAAAGCUACAAGGUCCUUUACAGCACAUCACCAGGUGAAGUGCAGAGGGUGGCUGAGGUAUCGAAGCAGGACGCCAAACUGAUCAUCGAAGACUUUGACCCGAUGAAAGAAUACAACUUUAAGAUCAUUGCGGUCAGAGGGGGGAAGGAGAGCAAACCUCUUCAGGCCAAACAUGAAGCUCAGCGAUCAGCUGCGGAAACGACUCAAUCCCAAAAGAGACAAAGCAGCGGCGGCACCGAGGAAACCAACGAGAUCUCAGAAGAGGGCUUCAUGUGUAAGACUCCAGCCAUCGCCGACAUCGUGAUCCUGGUGGACGGCUCCUGGAGUAUCGGCCGCAUCAACUUCAGGCUGGUGAGGACCUUCCUGGAAAACCUGGUCCGGGCCUUCAGCGUGGAGUUCGACAAGACCAGAAUUGGCUUGGCUCAGUACAGUGGAGACCCCCGCAUUGAGUGGCAUCUGAACACUCACACCACCAAGGAGUCCGUGAUCGACGCCGUGAAAAACCUGCCGUAUAAAGGAGGAAACACGCUGACGGGUUUGGCUCUGACCUUCAUCUUGGAGAACAGCUUCAAACCGGAGUCUGGAUCAAGACCCGGGGUUCCCAAAAUCGGAAUCCUCAUCACCGACGGGAAGUCCCAGGAUGACGUGAUCCCUCCUGCACAGAGCCUGAAGGAUGCUGGGAUUGAACUAUUUGCCAUUGGUGUGAAAAACGCUGACGAGAAUGAGCUGAAGGCCAUCGCCUCUCCUCCGGAGGAAACUCACGUCUACAACGUGGCAGACUUCAGCGUGAUGAGCGACAUCGUGGAAGGACUCACCAAGACAGUGUGCGACCGCGUGGAUCAGCUCGACAAGCAGAUCAAAGGUGACGGAGAACCUGCCCCACCACCGGCAUCCGUGGCUCCACCUCGUGACCUCGUAACAUCGGCGAUCACGGCUCGCAGUUUCCGGGUGUCGUGGACUCACGCUCCGGGUCAGGUGGAGAAAUACCGGGUGGUGUACUAUCCCGCUAGUGGAGGACAGCCUGAGGAAAAGGUGGUCCAGGGGACGGAGAACAGCGUGCAGCUCAACUACCUGAAUUCUCUGACAGAGUACCAGGUGGCUGUUUUCGCCAUUUAUCGAAGCUCCGCCAGUGAGGGUCUGAGAGGCAGCGCCACCACAUUGGCCCUGCCGAUGGUCAACGACCUGGAGCUGUUUGAUGUCACGCACAGCACCAUGAGGGUCCGCUGGAAGAUCGCCGCCGGGGCUUCUGGGUACAUGAUCCUGUACGCCCCGCUGACGGAGGGAGACCCUGCAGACGAAAAGGAGGUGAAGGUGUCGGACUCAGUGAAUGAGGUGGAGCUGGAGGGUUUGACUCCAGCCACCGAGUACACGGUGACGGUUUACGCCAUGUAUGGAGAAGAGGCCAGCGACCCCAUGACCAGCCAGCAGACCACAUUACCACUGAUCCCUGCAAGGAACCUUCGUUUCUCAGACGUGGACCACAGCUCGGCCCGGCUCACGUGGGACUCGGCCUCCAGGAAGGUCAGAGGCUACAGAGUGAUGUACGUGAAGACCAAAGGAGUCCAGACCAAUGAGGUGGAUGUUGGCAGCGUGACAAACUGGUGGCUAAGGAACCUAACCUCCCUGACCGAGUACACAGUCGGUGUCUUUGCCAUCUACGAUGAAGGACAAGCCGAGGCCGUGACCGACAGCUUCACUACCAAGACUGUUCCAGACCCGGUGGAUCUGAAGAGCAGGGACGUCUCCACAGAAAGCUUCAGGGUGUCAUGGACGCACCCGGCAACGGACGUGGUGCUGUACAGACUCAUCUGGACGCCCACCGACGGAGGAGACAGCGAGGAGGUUCUAGUAAAUGGGAAUAUCAACACCUACGUGAUAACAGGACUGAGCCCCUCCACAGAGUACGAAGUCCUCCUGGCCGCCAUCUACGCCAACGAGGUCGAGAGCGACGAGGUGAUCCUGGUCGAAUCCACUGUUGAAAGAACAACCACCAUCGCUACAACCACCAAGACCACAGCAGCUCCUCGUUUCGGAGUGAGGAAUAUGAGGGUCGAUGAGGAAACCACCUUCAGUCUGCGGGUCUCCUGGCAGCCUGUCGACUACAGAAACGUCCGACAUUAUCGACUGAGCUACAUCAGCGCUAAGGGAGACCGAGCAGAGGAAAUGAGGACGGUGCCCACCGGUCAGAACAGCCUGGUCCUGCAGCCGCUGCUGUCAGAUACAGAGUACAAAGUGGCCAUCACUCCUGUUUACGCUGAUGGAGACGGACCGACGGCCGCACAAAUGGGACGAACACUUCCUCUUUCAGCUCCUAAGAACCUGCGAGUCUCAGAGGAAUGGUACAACCGUUUCAGGAUCAGCUGGGAUGCUCCACCUUCACCCACUAUGGGAUACAGAGUCGUCUACCAGCCUCUGUCGGCCCCUGGACGGGCUCUGGAGACCUUCGUGGGGGAGGACGUGAACACCAUGCUGAUCGUCAACCUGCUGAGCGGGACGGAUUACAGCGUCAAGGUGAUCGCGUCCUACACCACCGGAUCCAGCGAGGCCCUGACAGGGAGGGCCAAGACCUUGUACCUGGGGGUGACCAAUCUGAGCACCUAUCAAGUGAAGAUGAACAGUUUGUGCACCCAGUGGCAGCCUCACCGACACGCCAAUGCCUACAGAGUGGUCCUCGAGUCGCUGGUUGGUAGUCAGAAGCAGGAGACGAAGCUUAGCGGAGGAUCCAGCAGACACUGUUUCAACAACCUGAAGGCCAACACUCAGUAUAAGAUCAGUGUUUACGCUCAGCUGCAGGACGGGACCGAAGGGCCUGCAGUCACUGCCACCGAGAAGACCUGUAAGUACACUCAGAUACUCAAUGUAGAAAAAAAGGAAAUUUGUAAAGCAGCCAAAGCAGACCUGGUCUUCCUGGUCGACGGUUCCUGGAGCAUCGGCGACGACAACUUUCUGAAGAUCAUCAGAUUCCUCUACAGCACCACCGGAGCUCUGGACCAGAUCGGCCCGGAUGGCACUCAGGUGGCGAUCGUCCAGUUCAGCGACGACGCCCGGACUGAGUUCAAGCUGAACUCGUACAGCGACAAGGAGCGACUGCUGGACGCAAUCAACAAGAUUACCUACAAGGGAGGAAACACCAAGACAGGUCGAGCCAUCCAGCACGUGAAGGAGAACAUCUUUACAGCUGAGGCAGGACUCCGGAGAGGAAUCCCUAACGUCCUGGUGGUUCUCACCGACGGUCGAUCGCAGGACGACGUCAACAAAGUUUCCAAAGAGAUGCAGAUGGCAGGUUACAUUGUGUUCGCCAUCGGUUUUGCUGAUGCCGACUACGGAGAGCUGGUGAGCAUCGCCAGCAAACCCAGCGACAGACACGUCUUUUUCGUGGACGAUCUGGAUGCCUUUAAGAAGAUUGAAGAGAAGCUGGUGACCUUCGUGUGUGAAGCCGCCACCGCCACUUGUCCAUCUGUACCGAUGAGUGGCAGCACAACUCCAGGCUUCCGUAUGAUGGAGCUGUUUGGCCUUGUUGAGAACCGGUACAGCAGCAUCUCCGGUGUUUCCAUGGUCCCUGGCACCUUCAACGCUUUCCCCUGUUUCCACCUGCACAGUAAUGCUCUGCUGGCACAACCGACCAGGUACAUCCAUCCUGAGGGGCUGCCCUCCGACUACACCGUCACCCUGCUGUUCAGACUGCUGGCUGACACCCCUGAGGAGCCAUUCGCUCUCUGGGAAAUCCUCAACAAGAACAACGAGCCACUGGUGGGAGUCAUCAUGGACAAUGGAGGAAAAACUCUGACAUUCUUUAAUAACGACUACAAAGGAGAUUUUCAGACGGUCACAUUCGAAGGGCCAGAAGUCAAAAAACUCUUCUAUGGCAGCUUCCAUAAGCUUCACAUUGCAAUCAGCAAGACGAGCGCCAAAGUGUUCAUCGACUGCAAGAUGGUGGCCGAGAAGAACAUCAACGCGGCAGGAAACAUCACCACAGACGGAAUGGAAGUUCUGGGCAGGAUGGUUCGCUCAAGAGGGAACAAGGACAACUCAGCACCGUUCCAGCUACAGAACUUUGAUAUCAUCUGCAGCACUUCGUGGGCCAACAGAGACAAGUGCUGUGAAAUUCCUGGUCUAAGAAAGGAGGUCGACUGCCCAGCCUUGCCCAAAGCCUGCACCUGCACCCAGGACAGCAAAGGCCCCCCAGGCCCUGCUGGAGUACCAGGAGGCCCAGGAAUCAGAGGAGCCAGAGGUGAUCGCGGAGAGCCGGGCCCCGUGGGGCCGACUGGUCCUGCUGGGGAAACAGGUGUACCAGGACCUCAGGGGCCGCCGGGGCCACAAGGACCCAGUGGACGCUCUAUCAUUGGACCCCCGGGCUCUCCAGGUGAGAGGGGGCAGAAAGGUGAGGCUGGACAGCAAGGAUCGCAGGGAAUUCCUGGUCGAGCCGGAGCUCCAGGGAGGGAAGGACCUCCAGGACCCAGAGGACUGCCAGGCAAAGACGGACCCCCAGGCAGACAGGGACCUUCAGGAACUAUUGGGACUCCAGGAGCCCCAGGAGCCCCUGGAACAACAGGACCUCCAGGAAAACAGGGAGAACUGGGACCACCAGGUCUUCCUGGAACCAAGGGGGAGAAAGGUGAAAGGGGUGAUCUCCAGUCAACAGCGUCAGUUCAGGCCAUCGCCAGGCAGGUCUGUGAGCAGCUGAUCCAAAGCCACAUGGCACGCUACAACUCCAUCCUGAACCAAGUACCCAGCCCACCGGUAUCCAUCCGCACAGUUCCAGGACCUCCCGGAGAGCCCGGCCGACAGGGAUCCCCAGGUACUCAGGGAGAACAGGGACCCCCAGGACGACCUGGCUUCCCAGGACAGAAUGGACAGAAUGGGCAACCAGGAGAAAGAGGUCAACCAGGAGAGAAGGGUGAGAAGGGAUCUCCAGGAGUCGGUGUUCAAGGACCCCGAGGACCCCCAGGACCUCCCGGUGCCCAAGGACAAGGCCGACCUGGCAGCCAGGGUUCUACAGGUCGACCUGGGAACCCUGGCGCUCCCGGUCGGCCUGGAGUCCCUGGACCCGUCGGCCCCACCGGACCUCCGGGAUACUGCGACCAGAACUCCUGUGUGGGCUACAAUGUCGGAGAAGGCGAGGAUGUCACUGACGGCGGCGCUAUCCCCGCAGUCCAACUGCCGUCCAACGUCUUCCAGAACUACGGCGAGGUUGAGGAAGACGACCCAUACCGCUACUACCAGCCCAAUUACCCGGCGCCUCGCCCCGUGUCGCCCGACGACCCCGCACUCGCCCUCGAUAACGUCGAGCUGCGGUCCCCCGGCGUCCACCGCAGCUCCCGGAGCGUGAACAUGAAGGCCGAGGAAACUGUGUUGGAGAGGAGACUAAAGAGAGAAGCCAAGAUACUGCCAGGACUAACUAAUUGAGAGCAAGUGAUUGGAGGACGGAGGGCUGCUCACUGUUUCUGAUUGGGCGGCUUGGAGGAGUUAUGGACUAAUCAACAAGUGCCUGAUGUAGAGGAUUUCUUAUGGACAUUGUAGAGGGGACGGGAUGGGGUAAUCAGGUUGGGACUAUUUUAACUCAUCUAUGCUAUUGAAUUAACUUCAAGAAAACAGUUUUAUGUUGUUUUAUUGUUUUUGUCUCAGUCAAGUGUAGGCAACUUUCCAUUGCAGGAACUCUGGGCUGCCGCAGUUCAUUCCAACAUUUAUUGGAUUGGAUUUUUGAAUCUUUCUGGUCCAUUUCAGUGUAGGAUCCAACAGCUUUCAGCCAAGAUGUUAAUUCAGAGUGCACCAAAACAACAACAAAAAAAUCUACUGGAUUUAACUACAGUUCAUAUGUAAUAGUAUGUUGUUGAUGGGGAUGUUUGAAGCUCUUCAUCAAAACAUCAAUAAAAUAAUCAACGUUGAGACCUACACAGCAUUGUUUCGGUGUCUCUUAGAAGCAACUACCCGAGAGUAGGUACUUUCUUUUUUGCCAAAAAUAGCCCUGCAGAGGUUCUACAGGUUCUUGUAGUCAGAACAACCAGAAAGGUUCUGGCCAAGUUCCUGCAGCAGAAAGCAGAACCGAACUGUUUAAAAUUUGUGGUCUGUUGAAAGUUUAUCCUGUUCCUGUGGUCAGAUUUCUGAAACAAGUCAUUCUUUGGAGAAAUGUGCUGUUUUCAGGUUCUAGUUCCUGUUUGGUAUCAGUUUCUUAUCUGGUUGGUUAAGUGCCUCCUCAGGGUCGACCGAGUACCACCACCUCCUUGUUACCUAAACUUGUCCAUGAAGGUUCCAUGGAGAACUCAUGAGCAUCAUUUAUCUUUGAAGGCCUUCUUCUCUGUUGGAAGGUUUCAAUUCAAUCUAUUACUUUUACAAUUGCUCAAUUAUAAAAGCUACAUUGUUUUUUUUUAAUCUAUCUAAUCUGUUAUGCAUUGUUCCUGUUUUACAUCAGGGUUGUGUGAUUAUUACCUCCGGUUCCUUGUUUUAACAGCUCUGCAACUAGACAGUUUCUAGCUUCAGAACAAUUAUUUAUGUAAAAUUUUGCAUGUUUUUUUUUUUAAAUUUACGACGUGAUGUACCUUUUUUGUUUUUGUUUUUUAUCUCACAGUCAUAAAUUUAAAGUUUAUUUUGUUUCUUCUUCAGACUUUCAGUUAUUGCUACAGUGUUAAACUCCAACUGACAUUGCUCAGUGUUUGAGAAGACUGAUAAAGAAAAAAAGUUGUAAAAACAAUAAUAGUUUUCUGUUAGAAAAAGAUUAUAUUUCCAUAUAAAUGUGCGUUGGUUCUGCUGGUGGAAUCUGUCAAUCUCAUGGUGAACGAUUCGUGUAAGUCAGUGGGGCAGAAAUUUCACAAAGAUUUGUUGAGACAAUUGAGUUCUAUUUUGAAGACAGAGAGAUGUUUCCCACUCUGUGCGCUUUAUUAAUAUUUGAUUUCUUUCUGUUUUUUGAAUUUUGACUCCAACACCUCCUGCCUCCUCUUCAUCAUUAAGAUAUUUGGAGAGGAAAUUGAUGCCAUCUGUUUCAGGACGAAACGCUCUGAUUUUUCUUAUUUGAUGCAGGAACCAGAGACUGUUUCAGUAACAGAAACACAACAGCUCGCUCUGUUUGAGGUUACAGUGAUUUUAAAUUCAUUUGUGUUUGAUUUCUUUUAAAAUUGUUUAACUGCUGAAGAUCCGUCAUAUGAAAAUAAGUCUAGGUGCAUUUUUUCAUCCAUGUAUGUGACAUUUUCUCCUUUGCAGUGAAUUCAUUUGGCUAAAAUUUAAGCACACUUUCAACUUUUCCAAAUAUCAUCUCAGUCCUGUGUUUCUGAGGCCUUCAGGUCAGCAGUUCCCUCUAUGCCUCUGACCAGGAUGUUACAAAAUAAAAUCAAGGAAGUAAUUUAUUUUUUACUUGGUAUUGAUUUUCUCAGAACAAUAAAACAGAAGUACAACCGUU